GUAUCAACAUAGCUUAUAAUUUAGUCAUGAUUAUUUCAGCAAACCAUAAGGGAGUUAAUUUUCAGUCAACAUAAAUUAGUAUGAAUAGUUUUAUAUUUGUUGCUAAAUUUUGUCUGUUUUCUUUGGUAACGUGUGGUAUUCCUGCGCAAAAGAUAUACAACGAAAGAUGGAGUCUUAAAGACUCGCCCCCGCCACACCAAGAGAAGGCCAAGACUGCAAGAUAUCUGGUUCAUGCAACGUUGUGGGCAGUCGUUGCGACAACGUCGACUUUAAAAGAAAUAGCUGGAAUACCAUUUUCGAAUGUAUUUUCUUUCUGCGACGGACCUAUUGGAAAUGGCACAGGAAUACCGUAUUUUUACGUCACUGAUUUGGACGUCAGCAUGCAAGAUGUUAUGACGAAUCCAAUUGUUUCGUUUACUUUGUCGGAGAUGGAGACCCAAUAUUGUGGAGACCAGGAUUUCGAUCCCGAAGACCCGAGAUGCGCCAGACUAACCUUAUCAGGAAAAAUGGUAAAUGUUACCAACAGCGAAAAGAGAGCAUUUGCUUUAGCAUCUUUAUUCAAAAGACACCCAGUUAUGAAGUAUUGGCCAUCUUCUCAUGAUUUCCAUGUUACCAAGUUAGAAAUUGACAUGAUUUGGUUGCUCGACUACUUCGGAGGAGGAUCCGUUGUACCGCUGGAUGAUUACUUUGCAGCAAAUAUGUAGUAUGGCAGCAGAAUCCAACAGUUGAUUUGAGACACUGAAUCUCUGUUUCUAAAAUAAAGUGCAUUAUUUAUUUUUCAAUUGCUGAUAUUGUUCAUAUUUUGUGAAAUAUUCUUUUGUCGUCAAAAUGUGACAUUAAAAUCGACAUUAUCACGGAAAAUAUAUUUUGGUGAAUUUGAUGCUACAUAGUUAAAACUUUUUAACGCUUGCUAUUUACAUGAAAUCUUGUUGCGUACCACGCAGCAUUCGAAUAAUUGUUGGUACUGUAAAACACAUAACAAAAUUCAAUAAAACAUAUAAUAACGAAUAAUUAUUUACUGAACAAUUAAAUGUCAUGAAAAUCUACUGUGUUGAAGAAUUGGAAAUGUUUGGCUUCAAUAGAAAAAUGCCGGUGCGCGUCACUGAAUCUAAAAUCUGUUAAAAAAUCGUUUUCUCGACUGUUAUGCUGAGUCCAAAAAAAAAUUAGUAUUUCAACGUCCGCCAUGCGCUUGCAUCUACGACUCUUAUCACGCCCAAUUGUACACCGAUACUCACCUCGCGAAUUUCCUCAAUUAAAAUGGAAGAGCGGAGUUAUGGCAUACUGUUACAACAUGGAUGCCAAUCUUCCAAAUUAAUUUAAUGAACGCCAAUACGGCCGAGUGUGACUUCGGUGUGACGGCCAAGUGUGAAUAACCAAGGCGAAAAGAGCAGCAUAAAAAGGGCGCAAGAGCCGCAUGCGGCUCGCGAGCCGCGGGUUGGAUCCACUGGUUAUAGUAAUUGGGGAUAUUACGUUUCUGCAGUGUAGAUGUAUCGAUGAGUCUAACUCUAAGCGUUGAAGAAAGGGGCAGUCGUGUGCGUCCUUAAUAAUGAGAAUGAAAAGCAGCAGCAUCAUUAAUUGCUACUACAAUAAAAAUUUGACUCUGAUGACACAAAUGAAACUAAACUUUUCAAUAACCAUAGUAAUUUUUAACAGGCUUGUGGGCUGUGGCCAACUUGAAAAUGUCUCUAUAGCCCAGCAGUGGGCCAUGGCCCAUUGGUUGAGAACCAGUGUUUUAGAACUUUAGACAGUACUCUCAAAUUGAAGGUUGCCCAUUCCGUGAUUGUAAAUAUCCGCUCCACCAUGUUCUGUGUUGUAUAUCGAGACACCUACACGACAAUACGGUAAUAUAAACAGACUAGUUCGGUCGGCAUCUCUAUGAAUCAUGCUUAUCACAAUGUUCACGCUAAUAAAUUGGCGCCGACAAAGAAAUAAGGCAACCCCUGUAUUUAUCUGAAUACAACCCCCAUGACGAUGCCCAUGGAUGUAACAUCACUCUUGGUGAUCUUCCCAAUAAUAUUCAAGCAAAAAGGUUGUCUCUUUUACUAGUUAUAUUGUCGGAAAUGGCGAUUGCA